UUUUCAGAGACUAACAAAUCUCCUUUAGCUUGUGACAUACCUCAUCUCUACUGGUACAACACGGGAUAAGAAUGCUAAGAGACACAGCAUGAUGAUUUCCUCUUAAUGGGUACUGUUACGGUGGUGUUGAGGAAGGCACACGAAGACGAUGAUGAAAUUCAACAAGUAGUUUAAUAGUAUCCAGGAUGAGGAUAAACCACAUAGACGAGGAGCUGACACACACCAAUUCGAACGUAGAUGCAUAGACGUAACUUAGAUGUAGAUGUAGAGACGUUAAAUAGACGCAAUACCGGAACAAGACAAGAACCAAAGGGUGAGCUUAAAUAAGGCAGGUAGCUGAUGACAAACAGGUGAUGGGAAUUAACUAAUGAGCACUAAUGAAUCAUUGAACUGAACGAGGGCACAGAAGAACUAAACAGACCAGAUGACAAAACAAAAGGGAAACACAAAAAAAGUUCAUAUCUUUUACAGGUACCUUGUGGGGGCCACCAUGUUGAGAUCACAAACCCAGCUGUGCCAGGCAAUGCAACAGUUUAUAAUAAUAAUAAUAGUAAUUAACUUAUCAAAAUUAAUAUUAGUAAUAACUUAGUAAUAAUAGUAAUACCAACCAAACACAAUAAAAGUCAGAUGUAAUGGCUUGACAAGUGCAGUAAUCCUAAUGAAAAAUGAACUUUGGGUAGGGAAUUUUUGGGUCCAGUCUUAAUGCCUAAUAUUUACAUACAUGAUUUUCUACUUUCUGUUGCUAGUUGGCCCAGGAUAUUAUGUCUUAAAUACACAUCAUAAAAAAAACAAAUGUAAGUUUAAAGUGAUGGUACUGAUGCAUGAGAUCCAUCAUUCCAGACCAAAUGAGUGUGGAGAAGUAACAUGUUCAAACAAACAGUUCCUGCAAUGAAACAAACCAUGAUAGCAACAGCGUUAAGAUAAAUGGCAGGACCUGAAGCUCAAAGCUACAGUAGCAAAUGCUGUACAGAGUUUUGAGGAAUCCAAAUCGACACCGUGAUGGAAUCCGAUUUUUCACUGCUGUCCUCCUCAAAGGGAGAGUUCAAGGCGAAAGAUUACAUACAGCCACAUUACAAGGAAGCGUAUCGGUUAGCCAUAGACUGCCUGGUCAAAGAGGGAGAAGCUUCUUAUCGAAAUUUCAUCAAAGAGGAAGGGAUAUGCGGUUUCCUCUCUGAGGAGGAAAUCAACCAUAUUACAGAGAGCGCUGUGCAGCCCCUCACCAGCAACCACUCAGAGGAGGUGGACUGUCCGCAGGACGAUACAUCCUCCACAGGCACAUACUGGCCCACUCACUCUGACACUGAUCCGCCAAACCUGGAUUUAGGCUGGCCAGACGUCCCGCACAGAAGGCUUGAGACCAACAUAGACCUGCUGUUCCACCCGCCGAGGCAAAACAGCCCCACUAUCAAGGAAGUGAUCCGCAAACAAAUACAGGAUGCCAGGCAGGUCAUAGCAAUCGCAAUGGAUGUUUUCACUGAUGUGGACAUCUUUAAAGAAGUGGUGGAUGCCUCAGUCAGAGGUGUUCCAGUCUACAUUCUCCUCGACCACAAUCACUUCAAAUGCUUUCUCAAUAUGACAGAAAAACAAGACAUCCAAAUCCAAAAACUCAGGAAUAUGAGGAUACGCACAGUGAAAGGCCAGGAAUAUUGUUGCAAAUCAGGGGUAAAGUUCCAUGGAGGAAUGGGGCAGAAAUUUCUUCUUGUUGACUGCCAAAAAGUAUUUUUUGGAUCAUACAGCUUCAUGUGGUCUUACGAGAAGAUCAACCUCAGCAUGGUUCAGGUUAUAACAGGCCAAUUAGUGGAGACUUACGAUGAGGAAUUUCGGACGUUGUACGCUCGAUCGACAGUCCCAGCUCAGUUUCAGACUGCCAGUGUGAACCAGUGUGAGACGAAGCCCAAUGGAAAAAUGGAUGGAUAUCUGAUUCAUUCCAGCCACCCCUUUGAAAGGAAAGAUCAUUUAAGGCACACGCUUGACGCUGUUUACCGGCAAGCCUGUGAAAGGAGAUCAGGAUUCUCGGCACUGAGAGAGGUUGAAGAAAGACCACUUGUUACACCGCAUGCUCGAUUCCUUCAAGACACAUCAGAGUUUUACAAAAGACACAGCUACGCAGGAGAACGGCAGGAGCCUGCGUAUCUGCCAAAAUUGCCCAAGUAUGGCUCUAGUAAUUGGAACGUGGAAGCAGAGAGCAACCGUUAUGGCGGUUUCUCCAACAACGAGGACAACCAGUAUGAAAGUUACGUCAUCAACCCGAUGUUCAGAGGCUUAAAUAUGCGCCAGUCUUACCACGGCCACGACAAACAAAUUCUCAACAUGAGGCAAAACCUGCCCAGUUUAGCAAGUACUUCCAAGUCCUUCCUUCGGACAUGGAGGAUAGAGUCUUACCUUAACAACAGCAACGACGCACCUUACGGCGAGAACUACGAUUAUCUGGACCAAUUUGAGGAGAAUAAAAUGGCUCCUCUGCAACACUCUCGUAUCAGAUCAUCGGUUGUUUUCACGUCCACCAUACCGGAACAACCAGAGACGAACAGCUACUCCAAUAAUUCAGCGUCCUCCAACCACGAUCCGGCACGAAUUCAGUCAAACACUCAGAUGUAUUCCUCAACCCAGUGGAAUCAGACUGCACAGCACGAUGACUACUUGCUGAAGAGGCGCAGUUUACAGAUUUUAGAAAACUCAGGAAGUAACAUGACCUAUAGCUCCGGAAGGGAUGCAAUAUAUGCAAGUUUAAACAGAGCCAAAAAUCGAUUUGCAAACAAGGAGCAUGACUACCAGCAAGAUGACAGAUACAAAAGGCACAGCUUGGCCGAUCCCAGGUGCAAUACAUAUAACAGUGACUUUAUUGAGCCCUCUAGUUACAUGUACGCAUCUUUACCUAGAAGACAGAAAGUCUGCAACGUGUCCGCAAACGAGAAUCCCAGAAAUGCAGCGUACACACCAAAUUUCAAAGAGGACCAGAGGUCCGUCUCACAUCAUGAUUUCAAAAAGGCAGAUGAGAGCAAAACUACCUCAGGAAACAAAUGGCAAGAGCCUCCCUCGAGAACUGUGUCAGCAACGCUUCUGGACACGGAGGACAGUCAGCCUUCGAAACCAAACAGCGCAUCAUCGCAGCGCUUCUUGAAAAGGAGCACCAAGAAAAUAAAAUCCCUUCUAAACAUCCCACAAAAGGGGGACAGCUCCCCGAAAGGAAAGAACUCAGAAAGUCUCAAAAUGGGAAGCAGCACAGAUACGAUUCUCUCAGAUUAUGAUGACACCGUGCAAAGCAAGAAACACCAGGGUAGCACUACCAAUUCCACCAAGUCCGUUGAGAGCAGCAGACUGAAGCGAGCUAAUGGGAAGAUCCCUGGAGCUGAGAAUCACUCUCCUGGCCUGGCGGGAGAGGCAUCUGCGCCUCGGUUUAUCACCGAAGAGCUUCAUCCGCCUCACACACCUGCAAGUGCAGAGACUUCCAAAACACAGGAACAAUCCACAGUCGUUUCUCAGAACGAGAAGACAGACUCGCCACUAACCAGAUCGGAUCUGGUGUCAAAGCAACAAGUAUCAGUAAACAGGCUGUAUAGCAGAUUUGAGCCGCUUUGCUCAUUUGAAAGCAGGCGUCCCACAGUAGGCCAGCCUGCCUAUGUACCUGCACAGAGUCACGUAAGCGAGAAAACAAGGAAUUCUGUCUUUUUAAGAAAACAGCCCAUGAAUGAUCAUAGCAGUUACACAAACCAGCAGACGCAGGGACAUGACAAUAGAAUUGGCCGUUUCAUUCAAAGGGUUGGAAAUUUAAUACAUAAGAAUAAGUACUGAAAUAACUAAUGAAAUGAUGUUGAAGCUGAAGCGUGUCAUUUCUGCACCACUAUAUUGACCAAAUGGAAUUACAAAAAUUGCGCACAUAAGAAUUUUCAAACAGGUUUCUUAAUAAGCACUAUUCUCCACUUUUCAAUGGUCAGACUAACAGAUAGUCCUGCCCCUAACUAUUGCCAAGGUUGUUAUGUCAGACUGGCUGGGAUGCUCGUGCUCAAUGGCUUGUUGAAACUGUCAUUGCAUAUUAAACUGGGAUAGGAGAAAAAAAAUUCAGAUCCUAAAAAAUUACACAUUUUGGCUUUGAAAAUGUGCAACAGUGAUAUUGACUUGAAUGCAUUAUUGCUAAUGCCAGUGUUGAAGGUUUGCAAUAUAACUGGUGGAAAAUGCUGCAAGCACUGUUACACUGUUACUUUGUAGUAACUUUUGUUUUAUUGUUAUUAAUAUUAUUUGUAAAGUUAAAAGGAAUGUUUUGUGUUGGGAUAAUGGGCAGACUGGGUUAAUUAUUUCUGUUACUUGAGUAAUUGCCUCUUGAAACAUUACCUAAGGAAAAAAAACACACACCAAUUUUUGUCUGCUUACAAGCUGUAGUAAACCAUCUGUACAACUUUAAAUUGCACUUCAGCCUGGACAAAUGCUUCCCAGAGAUAUCCCAGAUUGUUUAAAGUCUACAUUGAAAUGUUGGAACACAUACAAGAUAUAUAAUGUCGGUUUGUGGGUAAUUGGUGCUUAGCUAUUAUUAAGAUUGUUUGUGUCAUGAUUGAUCCAAAACAGUUCUCUAUUAAAUAUGUGCAUUAAUGAGUCUCAUUUCACAAAGUGCACAUGUACAGUACAGUGUAUACUGAACAAACAAUAUCAAAAUGCUAUUCUCUUACUACAGUUGGACUUUUUUUUUUUUUGCACACAAAUACAGUCACUACUGCUUGUAUCCCAACAGGCUACUUACCAAAUAAAUUAAUGGUCAUGAAACUGAUGUUGAAACUGAAUUAUGAUGCGAGGAACAGGAAGGUAAUCAUGCAAUUUACUCACUUGUUUGAGUUUACUAACAUCAAGUUUGAUAACAGCUUAUAUUGUGUAUAUAACACAUAUAACAGCUUUAAUUAAUGUAGUAAGUAUUCCUGGACUUCAUACUGACACCUACUGGUGAGGAUGCAGCAUCAUGCAAAAGCAAAAGCAAGUCCUUCAAGGGGGUGUUAACGAGAAUCGGCUGGUCAUAGGGUUUCAUGGCAGCUUUCCUAAGGUGAUUCAUCCCAAAAGCCAAGCAGCUUUUAUUAGGCUACUGAAAUGACUGGACUCCUCAUCUCAUGUGCACAUCAGUUUGAGCAUAUCUGUUAAAUUUACUGUUAAUUUAUUUGGAGGUAAAACAUUUUUAAUGACAAAAGUGGACCUAUUCUGUUGCCCAUGGAUUACAGUUUUCUUUUGUCAUUAUAUAAAGGUAUAAUUGGGACGAAAACAAAAAGCUAAUUCAGUUAUAUUCUUAUCUAUUGUUAAGCCCACACUUAUGUUGCUGGAACUGUUUUAGCUGGUUCUAGCAUUAGUGCCUUAUUCAACAAACUCUCAUGACAUGAGUUUUUAUUUUAAAAUGAGUUUGCAUUU